UCUGCUCCCACUCCAUCGCCGCACAAUGAUGAUGGUGGUGGCGGUGCAGGUGUUGAUAAAACGGAAUGGAGUCGAGCAGGGUGGAUUAAUUCUGCACCAUGAAUGACAGGUACCACAAGGCAGCCCGGGACGGCUACCUGGACUUAUUGAAGGAGGCGACUCGGAAGGACCUGAACGCGCCUGAUGAGGAUGGAAUGACGCCGACGCUAUGGGCUGCUUAUCACGGCAACCUGGAGGCUCUACGGCUGAUUGUGGGGAGGGGAGGAAACCCUGACAAGUGUGACAUAUGGGGGAACACGCCGCUCCACCUGGCAGCUGCCAAUGGUCACCUCAAUUGCCUUUUCUUCCUGGUGUCUUUCGGUGCCAACAUAUGGUGCCUGGACAACGACUACCACACGCCGUUGGACAUGGCCGCUACAAAAAAUCACAUGGAUUGCGUCCGCUACCUGGAUGCCAUCGCUACAAAGCAGACAGGCCUCAACACAAAGCUGGUCACAAAGAUGAAGGAUCGGGCAUUUCGUGACGCUGAGCGGCGAAUCAAAGAGUGCUUAAAGAUGCAGAAGAAACAUCACAAACGCAUGGAGCGGAGGUUUCAAAAGGAGACUUCUGAGGCGUCUGCGUCAGAUGUCAUGAGCUUUUCCAGUUACACCAGCAGCUCUGUUAGCCACAAGCUGCACAACUUCAAUGCAGCCACUGUCAGUGUGCCAUAUUCUCAGGCUACUCUCCAUGCCACAAACCGAGGGAAGACCAAGAUCCAGAGGAAACUGGAGAAGAGGAAACAAGGAGAUGGGACCUUUAAAAUCUACGAGGACGGGAGAAAGAGUGUUCGCUCCCUCUCUGGACUUCAGCUGGGUAAUGAUGUCAUGUUUGUCAAACAAGGGACGUACGUCAACCCAAAGGAUCGUGGCCGCCGCAACGUCCGUGACAUGUUCCCCAGAGACAAUUUCGAUGCCAUUUCACGUGCCAUAAGCGAGCCGGACCUCCACGGGCCCGAUGUGGACUACUCUGAGAUCAGCACUGACUCAGGACAUGACUCCCUGUUCAACAGGCCUGGUCUUGGGACCAUGGUCUUCAGGAGGAACUAUGUGAGUGGGGGGAUGUUUGACCUUGGUGGUCGGGAUGAGGGCAGUGUGGACAGGUCGGGUAAUAAUGUGCGUUUACGCAGUCGGCUGCAGCAGUACCCGAGUGCAGACGAAGACAGCAUCGGCAGUGCACGCAGUUUGCAGGAGAGGAACAUUGAGGAGCUGCCCUGGGAUGAAGUCGAAUUAGGGCUGGACGAUGAUGAUGAGGCAGACACAAGCCCUCUGGAGGUCUUCCUUGCUACGCAGAGCAUGAGUGACUUUUUUUCCAUCUUCAAAAGGGAGAAGAUUGACCUUGAAGCUCUGUUGCUGUGCUCUGACCAUGACCUUAAGAGUAUCCACAUCCCCUUAGGACCGAGGAAAAAGAUCUUAGAUGCUUGUAAGAGACGACUAGAGACCAUAGAGGACCCAGACUGCAUCGAGGACACAGAGCUGUGAGUGAUAGGAUUUUCAGUUAUACAAUGCCGUCUUUGUACUCCAGCCUUCUUCAGUCACAAACACAGUUCUUCUCUUGCCUUCAUUUCAUCCUGCAGAUAAUACAAGUUGUUGUAGAUGGUCCCUCCUGCUGUUUGCUCAUCCAUGCUUAAAGGUCAGCGGAGCAUUGUGGAGUGAAUGUCAUGUAUGGACAGACAGGACAUAGUGAUUUACCUCUCCUGGUAGCUCAGUGGUAAAGACAAAGAAAAGAAUACUGUCAAGAUGAAAAUGUCAAGCGAGAAUAGAUGAGUGUGAGACAAGUUCUUUACAGGAUUCUUUUAGUAUGUCUUGUUAGCCGCAGGAGGAUCACUGUAAAUAUCUCUGUAUGUCGGUUCAGUUGGAGUUCCCUGCAAUGCAUGGUUUAACAAACUGAAAGGCAAUUACCAGAGUGCAGAGCCCUGUUCAUUGUAUGUAUCAACAGAGAGUUGAUUGUGGGGUCUGUGUCCCCUAAACGUAUUUGCCCCUAUGGGGUGAAUCCUACCGCCUUAUGUGCCUGCAUUGCUCGUGCCUGUGCAUUUGCUUAAAAGUGUCUUUAGUUAUGAAUAAUUUUGCCCUUAGAGGGAGAGUUCAUCCCAAAAUCAAAAAGACAUAUUUUUCCUCUUAGCUGUAGUGCUAUUUAUCAGUCUAGAUUGUUUUGGUGUCUGUUGCAGAGUGGAGAUAUCGGCAGUAGAGACACUUCCUUCUGCAUGGUGAUAUGGAUGCUGGGUGUAGUUAGGUAAGAAAGAAAGUGAGUCAUACAUGAAACUCCUCAAAACAAGGUCUGUGGAUUAUUUUGAGUAACUGGAUCAUGAUUUAUAGAAAGAGACAUCGCUGUUGAGCUUUACAAAUGUAUUUUUUGGCACUUUUAGCACUGCUAGUCAAGUGCCAUCCAGUUCCAUUAUAUUCAAAAGAAGGCAGGCGUAUCUACAGCGAGUAUCUCUUACAUUCAGCAACUCACAGCAAAACAAUCUAGACUAAUAAAUAGCACUACAGGUAAAACAACAAAUUAUGUACUUUUGAUUUGGGGGUGAACUGCCCCUUUAACUUCAUUGUAAUAUUAUUAUUUGUAUAAAUCAAAAAAUUUCAACCAACAUUUUCACCACUCAUCUUUUUCCUUACUCAUAUUUCAUCUCUGAGCAUGUUUACAUACAGCAAGCCAUGUCAGUCCAAGUGUGGCUCACUCGUAAUGAAGGCCAAUUGUGCAUUGAGAUUCCUGUAGUAUUGUAAACUAAUUGAAAACACAGUAUCUUUUGAUAAUUUUAUGAUACACAAUAUAACAUGUUGCAGUUCUAUAUUUUACAUGUUUUGUUCAAACACUAGCAAAUUUGUAAGCCUUUAUAUAUGACUCACAUCAGUCUUGACAGUAUAGUAGUCUUCCAUUUAUUUGUAUCUUGAGUCACUUUUUUUAUUAUCAUUAUUAUUGUAAUCUGCACA